AUGAGUGAACUUCGAAAUGAUGCAUUUAUGACCCUGGGUCCAAGCAACUACACCGCUUAUCUCAACAUCCAGAAGAUGAUCCAGGAGCUGCAGGCCCCUCAUGUGCCUGGAAAAUUCAUUUUAAAGCCCAAGGAGCCACCCAGAGACCAUCAGCAGAGAAAUUCAGAGAAAAGAGUUAGGAGACUCUUACAUUGGAUAUGUCGCCGAGGAGCUUCCACCUGCCAUGACUGUGUGUGUACUGACACUCCAGCCCCAAUUCCUGGCCGCCUCUUUAACAACCCUCUAGGGGUUAUUUGUCAAGAUGGCAAUCUGCCAACUUCAAUUCUGGAUAUGCUGUCUCUCCUGGAGGAAAUUGGACCUGCUGCUGAAGGCAUUUUCAGAAAAUCAGGCAAUAUUAAAGAAUGCCAAGUGUUUAAGAACAAGCUGGAUUUGGGAGAAGAAGUAAAUUUGAGGGAGGAAUCCAUCUUUGUCGUGUCAUCAGUUUUAAAGGAUUUCCUUCGAAACAUCCCUGAAGGAGUAUUUCCAUCUAGCCUCUAUGAUAAGUGGAUGGCAGUCACUGAUCAAGACAAUGAGAAGGAAAGAAUUUCUGCCAUCCAGAGUCUUUUAGAGCAACUGCCAACACCAAACAUGGUCCUUUUGAGACAGCUGUUCCAGGUCUUACACAGCAUUGAGAGACAUUCAUCAACUAACUAUAUGACAUCUUAUAACUUAUCUGUGUGUAUAGCACCGAGUGUUCUGUGCCUGCCUACCUCCAGAACAUUGGAAUUAGGAAAAGAAAUCUCAAAACAGAUUUCUCUUGUACAGUUUUUUAUUGAGAAUUUUGAAAAGAUAUUUGAAGACAACAUUGAUACACAUUUGGGUGAAAGCUCAGUGAUACCUAACAAUGGCGAGGAGAUUUCGGAUACAUUCAUUGGUUUGGGUGAGAUGAAUGCUGCCCAGGAUGAUGGGAAAAACUGUGCUAGUGAAAAGACCCAUCCCAAGGGUGAUGCAGAGCCGCAUGCACCUGCUGCCCCUCACCAGGGUUAA